AUGAGUGUGCCACUCCUGGCAUGGCACGGAGCUCGGCAGGCACAGGCGGAGAAAAUAAGAUCCGGGGUGACGUUUUCACCAAUGAGAUCGACAUAUGUGCAUCAUGCUGAGGAAAAUAGAGAGAAAAAAAACCGUGGUUUUGGUUUCGGCACCUACGGAUGUGCAGGGAAGAUAUCAAGGGCAAAUUUUGUUUCCAGCCAAGCUUUUCGCCUAUUCUUGUCGUGUGACAACGCCUGGCUGGCCACAUGGUUGUUGAGAUCUCAGCCGUUGUUGUUGUUGUAUAUCCUUGAGGCUUGGUUGGGCUGGUUCCUGCGGGUUCCUGCCUAG